UGCUUUAUUAAGGUUGAAAUGGACUUUUUAUAGUUGUUUUUGUGUUGCUAGGAAAUGGAGUCAUUUGCUUGCAAUGAUAGUGGUAGAAAAGGCAUCACUUCCUGCCCUCUGGCCUGAAUUAGCUUCUGCAGUUCAACUGCCCACUCUGCAGCAACGUUAGCCUGUCCUGUCGCCCAAACCACUACCUCCAGUAUGGCUGACCACCCGGAGAGACAGAGGGACUGCCUUUGUGACAGACCACUGGGCUGAAAAGAUCACCGAGGAACUGACGUGAGACGAUUGGCCAUGGAGAGCGAAGAGCAGCGCGAUGAGAGAGAGUGGCUCAUCUCCUACAUCACCAUCCCCCUGUCCACCGCCAUCAUCCUGGCCAACAUGGUCAUCAUCGUGGGCAUCCUCUGCAACCGGCAGCUGCACAACACGCCCAACUACUUCUUCCUGAGCCUCCUGGUGGCGGACCUGUGCACGGGCGCGGCGCUGCCCUUCAUCCCGCGCAUGGCGCUGGAGCGGAGCCUGAACUUCCACGCCUGCCUGCUGGUGCACACCUUCCCCAACUUCCUCUUCCUGUCCUACCUGUUCAACCUGGUGAUGGUGCACUACGAGCGCUACCUGUGCAUCGUCAGCCCCCUGCAUUACAGCCAGAGCUGGGUCCACCGCUGCUUCCCCGUGGCCCUGCUGGCGGCAUGGGUGCCCCCUCUGCUCUACGCCUCCCUGCCCGCCUUCGGCUGGAACGAGUGGAACCAAGACGACGUCGAUGCCAACGGCACCUUCAACCACACCCUGAACCACACCGCGGGGUGUGCGGUGGACUCCCUGGAUGGCGACGGGAUGUGCUCUUACAGGAAGGUCUUCCCUAAGGCCUACAUCUACCUGGAGGUGUACGGCCUCCUGCUGCCGGCCAUCUUCCUCAUCGUGGGCAUGACGGCCAGGGUGCUGUGGAUCACCCGCAAGCAGCUGAGGGACAUCUGCAAGCUCCACCGGGCCGCGGUGCGCGACCAGGCCUGGGUCGGCGAGCAACGGCUCAACGUGCGCUACGCCAAGUGUGUGGCGGCCGUCUCCCUGGUCUUCCUGCUCUGCUGGGUGCCCUACAUCACCUACGUGAACGUGACGCUCAAGUGGCUGAAGACCGACGGGAAGUCCCAGAACUGCACCAUGCACAUCAUCCUGUCCUGCACGGGCAUCGGGAGCAUGGCCAUCAUCCCCUUCAUCCUGGGGCUGGCCAACAGGCAGUACACAGACCCCGCCCGUAAGGUGCUGCUGAAACUGCAGGACUGCUGGCACGGCAUGCGGGGCUGCACAGACACACAGCACUGAGAGAGCCUUCUGAGGAGCAUUCCCUAUGGAGGCUUGUGAAUGGACAUGAUGGGCACUUUAUGAAAGAAUUACAAACGGCACAAUUUUGUUCAGACAUCAAGAUAUUAUUUAUCUAUGUCACAAGCUACGUAUGUGUACUGCUACAUUGUUGCCAUAAUACUGUAUAGUUAAUGUUGUUUAUGCAUGAUAUAUCUGACAGACAAGUCAAAGUGGUCCAGCUUUCUGAUGAUGCUGAAAAAGCCAGUUUCUUGGCACGGGAGCAAACAAUCUAAGAAGAAAUGUAAAAUAUGUGUCUGUAAAUGAGAAGUGACAACAGUAAAGCAUACGCUAGGACUUCCACAUCAGAAAUGAACUCCGAGGAGGUGUACUAUGAAACCAGAUUAGUGCUAUGUUGAGCACAAAGCCUGUUAUCUCCUCUCUCAUCUCUCAGUAUACUCUUCUGGUCCAUCUGGAUGUUUUCUCGUGACGUCAUUGUCUUCAUGUUGUUUAGACUUUUCCCCUUGUGUCUUCUGAUGUUCCAAAUAUCUCACAACCAGUGCCAGAGUCCUUUAGUCACUAGAGUCCACUAAAAUGGUUGGUAUGUUUUGCGUUCGCCGUCUGUCACCAGCCAUAUCCUGCACUCAUCCAUGUUUACAAACAAAGAGUCUUUUAAGAUCUCAAGGGAAAUUCCAUGAUGGUUGGCCACAAUUCACAUUGUCCUACCAGCAUAGACCAGAGAUUCUGCAUGAAGAAAUCAUUAGCAAUCGCAACAACAACUUGCAUAGCAUACUGGUUAUUACUGAUAGGCAGAGACCCUUGAAUUAAAUUAAACAAGCAUCUGA